GAGUGAUGAACGUCCGUGGCGCACUGACGCACCGACUUCAGCACCAAAACAAGCUCUGAGCCGCGCACACGCAGCGACAGUGACCAUUGUGGAGUACAGCACCAUGCAGGGAGAGGACGCCUGCUGACACACAGACUGGAUACUAGGCUUCCCUCACCUUUGGAUAACUUGGAGCUUGGAGACGCUUUCUUCUCUCUGGACGCUUUUGACGCACAGGAGCUACAAGGAGAACUCCCUGGGAGGGACUAUAAGGAUUUAUCUUUAUUUUAGAUUUUUUUUUUUUUUCACCCCCACUCUCUGUCUCUCUACAUUUGUUUCCCUCGGGGUAAAUACUUUGGAAUAGUGAGGUUUUGCUGCUUUUAUUGGCCGGUGACGCGGCUGCCCUGGAGAAGCGAGAAGGAUGGCAGCUUGGUUCACCUUUACCAUCGCGUUCAGCACCACGUUAAUAACACAGGUGAUCGGAUCGGGCUUUUUUGAGCUCAACCUGCACGAAUUUAAAAACCACAAAGGUUUGCUGGCAAACGGGAGCGCAUGCAAGCCCAGCUGCAGGACUUAUUUCAGAAUUUGCUUGAAGAACUAUCAGGCCGUGGUCUCGCCAGGUGACUGCAUCUUUGGGAGUACAAUGACACCGGUGCUGGGGACAAACUCUUUCAGCGCCAGGGACAGUGGCACGUUACCAAGACCCAUACAGAUACCGUUCAACUUCGGCUGGCCGGGGUCAUUUUCAAUAAUAAUCGAAGCCUGGCAUUCACCUUAUGGAAAUCUACCUGUAGAUACCAACAACCCAGACUAUCUGAUCAGCUCUUUGGCCGUCCAAAAGCAGCUGGGUGUGGGGACUGCCUGGACCCAGGAUACGCUGAGCGCAAAGCUGAUGGAGCUGAGUUAUUCUUACCGGUUCAUCUGCAACCAAAGUUACUACGGAGAAAGUUGCUCCCAGAAGUGCACGCCCCGGGACGACCGAUUCGGCCACUACACCUGCACCCGAGACGGGCAGCUGUCCUGUCUGCCUGGCUGGAAGGGGAAAUACUGCGAAGAACCUAUCUGUCUGGAGGGCUGCAGCGAGAGGAACGGAAACUGCUCCAGACCUGGCGAGUGUGUAUGCAGAGACGGCUGGCAAGGCACGUUCUGCGACGAGUGUAAGAAGUACCCGGCCUGCAAGCACGGCACCUGCCAGCUGCCAUGGCAAUGCAACUGUCAGGAGGGCUGGGGAGGCCUAUUAUGUGACCAAGAUCUAAACUUCUGCACCCAUCACCACCCCUGUGUCAAUGGCGCCACCUGCAUGAACACGGGCCAGGGGAGCUACACGUGCACGUGCCUGCCGGGUUUCACCGGGGUCAACUGUGAGCUGGAGAUGCAGGAGUGUGACAGCAACCCCUGCCGGAAUGGAGGGAUAUGCACAAAUUUGGAGAGCGGCUACCGGUGCUCGUGUCCCCAAGGCUUCGAGGGCUCCCACUGCGAGCACAGCCUGCUGACAUGCGCCGAUUCCCCCUGCUUCCACAGUGGCAAGUGCUGGGAGAAGGACAAUGGCCGCAGCUACAUGUGCGAGUGUCCCCGGGGCUACACUGGACUCAACUGUGAGAAAAGGGUGGACAAGUGCACGUCGCUUCCCUGCGCUAAUGGUGGUCUGUGUCUGAUCCAUGGUGGCAUGCGUGUGUGCAGCUGCCGUGCAGGAUUUAUCGGCCAGCGCUGCGAAAUCAACAUCAACGAGUGCGCCGGCAACCCCUGCCUCAACGGAGGCACCUGCCAGGACCGAAUCAACGACUACACCUGCGGCUGUCCUGCGGGGUACGGCGGACGGAACUGCGAAAGACUCCUGGACGAGUGCUCCCUCCGACCCUGUCUCAACGGGGGUCUCUGCACCGGUGGCGGCGGGCCGGGGAAGCCUCCCGUCGCAUGCAUCUGCCCCUCCGGCUUCACCGGGCCCCGCUGCGAGUUCUUUGCCGCCGUGACCUCUCCAGUGACCCACCCGGAGAUUCAAGAUGGCUUCCAGUGGGCGGCGGUGUCUCUGGCCGUCGGGCUGGUGGCCCUGCUCGUGCUGCUUUGCAUGGUGGGCCUGGCUCUGAGGCACAUCCACAGGCAGGCCCGGCGGGAGGGGGGGGACACGGAGACAAUGAACAACCUGUCCAACUUCCAGAGGGAUAACCUGAUCCCGGCGUCGCAGCUGAAAAACACCAACCAGAAGAUCGGCCUGGAGGUGGACUGCGAUUCGGAGAAAUCGAACUUUAUCCAUAAAAACUAUCACUUGGACUCGUACAACUCGAAAUCGAAGGAGUUCAAGGACGAGAAGUCACAAGAGGAUAAAAGUCUUAUUUACGACAAGUGUUUAGAAGACAAAAUGCCCUUGAGUAGAAUGUACAGUGAAAAGCCGGAGUGUAGGAUAUCAACAAUAUGUUCCUCAAGAGACUCCAUGUACCAGUCGGUAUUCGUUAUAGGGGAGCAGAGGAGGGAAUGCGUCAUAGCAACAGAGGUAUAAACUGAGGGAUGUGAACGCGAGAGGGGGGACGAGGAGAACGACACAAUCGAGGCAGAACACAAUAUUCUGGAUUGUUUACAAAUGCUGAGAAGAGACUGGAGAUUGUUUUAGAUGUCCGCUGCUGCUCUGGAACACUUGAGAACUGGAAAGGGGCCGAAACCUCUGCUCUGCAAAAAAAACAAAAAAAACAGACCAGAACUGAGAAAAACUCUGAUGUUGACCGAGUGUUUGUAUGCAAAACCUGUACAGUGAAGGACCUCUCUUGGUUGUGACAAUGGUUCAAAAAGGACUGACUGGCGAAAAAAGACGUUACAGAGCAUCGGUGAAAAUACUAAUUUAUCAUUUCCGCCAUCCUGGACAGCGGGAAGGAGGCGCUGGUGGAACGACUCCCCCCCCUCAUACCUUACCCGGCCUUGUGUGAUAAUCAUGAUGACUUUGACAGCCAACCAAUCAGUUAUAAAGGUGCCUAAGAAGUGACCCCUCCAAACAUAACCCCCUAUACACACACACACACACACACACUCCCGCCAGCUUCGCCUGCUAUGCAAGACUCAGGGUCGAGACGCGUGAACUCACCCACCGUCGCAGUCCAACCUCACGAACACUGAGAGUUAUGAAUGUCUGAAAGUAAUCUUCAACUGUCAAUCAACGUGAAAAAUGACUGGUUGGAAUUUCUCCAUGCAAUGGUGAAGAUUGUAUGCAGCCCACAAUUCACUAGAAGCCUUAAAAAAAACGAGGGGGGUCUGAAUGCUAAAUUUGAGCCCUUGUCUGUUCUUGGAUCAUUUGCACUACAAGAAAAAAAAAACUAAACAACAGCGGCGGGGGGGAAAUACUUUUUAAUCAACAGACGAUUUGAAGACAACAG